UUUGCUUCCUGUUUCUGAGACGGGUGAAAGCGCCUCUCACGAAGGUCAUGAGAACUUGAGUUGCAUACUUUGAAGGAAUUAGAAAAGUCAGAUGAAGUCAAGAGAGUGGUAAAGUGCGGUGGAGAAAAACAGACAUUCCUCUCCUGCUCUACAGUUUGGCAGAGCAUUAAGAUGUCCGUGGACAUGAACAGCCAGGGCUCCGACAGCAACGAAGAGGACUAUGAUCCAAACUGUGAGGAGGAGGAGGAAGAAGACGAAGAACCUGGGGACAUUGAGGAUUAUUACGUGGGGGUGGCAAAUGAUGUGGAGCAACAAGGGGCUGACGCCUUUGAUCCCGAGGAAUAUCUGUUCACCUGCUUGACUUACAAGGAGUCUGAGAGUACCCUGAACGAGCACAUGGUCAGCCUGGCCUCUGCAUUAAAGGUAUCACAUGCAGUUGCUAAGCUUGUAUUAGUUAGCUUCCACUGGCAAAUCUCAGAAAUCUUGGAAAGGCACAAGUCCAAUUCUGCCCAGUUGCUAGUGGAAGCUCGAGUUCAGCCUGCCUCAUCCAAACAUGUCAUGGUACAUUCCUCCCAGCACUGUGCAGUAUGUAUGCAGUUUGUCCGAAAGGAGAACUUAUUGUCUCUGGCUUGUCAGCACCAGUUCUGCCGCAGCUGUUGGGAGCAGCACUGUACAGUACUCGUCAAAGAUGGAGUCGGAGUUGGCAUCUCCUGCAUGGCUCAGGACUGUCUGCUCCGGACACCGGAAGAUUUUGUGUUUCCACUGCUACCCAGCGAGGAGCUGAAAGACAAAUACAGGCGCUACCUCUUCAGGGAUUACGUUGAGAGCCAUUUCCAGCUGCAGCUCUGUCCUGGCGCAGACUGCCCGAUGGUCAUACAAGUACAGGAGCCCAAAGCCCGCCGAGUACAGUGCAAUCGAUGCAAUGAAGUUUUCUGUUUCAAGUGUCGGCAGAUGUACCAUGCCCCCACAGACUGUGCCACCAUCCGAAAAUGGCUCACCAAGUGUGCAGAUGACUCUGAAACAGCUAACUACAUCAGCGCUCACACUAAAGAUUGUCCCAAGUGCAAUAUCUGUAUCGAAAAGAACGGUGGCUGUAACCACAUGCAAUGUUCUAAAUGCAAACAUGACUUCUGCUGGAUGUGUCUGGGAGACUGGAAGACCCACGGCAGCGAAUACUACGAAUGCAGUCGGUACAAAGAGAACCCUGAUAUUGUAAACCAGAGUCAGCAAGCACAGGCCAGGGAGGCCCUUAAGAAGUACUUGUUCUAUUUUGAGAGGUGGGAAAACCACAACAAGAGCUUGCAGUUGGAGGCCCAGACGUACCAGCGAAUUCAAGAAAAAAUACAGGAACGGGUGAUGAACAACCUGGGAACAUGGAUAGACUGGCAGUAUCUACAGAAUGCAGCAAAGCUACUUGCAAAGUGUCGUUACACGCUACAGUACACAUAUCCGUACGCCUACUAUAUGGAAUCCGGUCCCAGGAAGAAAUUGUUUGAAUACCAACAAGCUCAGCUGGAAGCUGAAAUAGAAAAUCUCUCGUGGAAAGUGGAGAGAGCCGACAGUUAUGACAGAGGGGACUUGGAGAACCAGAUGCACAUAGCGGAACAGAGGAGGAGGACCCUGCUGAAAGACUUCCACGACACAUAAAAGUUGGCCAGAGGCAUCGAGGCACAGGGGUGAGA